AUGCCCCUAGCGAGGAAAAGGCCUGAAAAGAAUGCAGUGGAAUUGAUGUCCCAGUGGACAGAACUCGGUACACACGAACGGGAACCAACUAAUAUCCGACCCGUUUAUGCCCCAAAGGACUUCCUGGAAGUCAUUGUUAGUAUACAUAACCAGUCCAGCGCCAACAAAAAUAUGAGUGGGCAGUUAGCAAUGUGGGGAAUUAUACAAACCGCUCUCAAAGUGAAAGAUUUGCAGCAACUCCGGUCAUUCUACAGUGAGCUGUCAAUGAACCACUGUCAAAUUGGCAUCGAUGAUACAAUCGAUUCUCUCCACGACUUUUUCUUUGCUGACCAUAUCAGGUUUGGAAAGAAGGUGAUCGCAGAGAGGCUGGCUCCAGUCUCACAGGAAUAUUCUAAGAGAGGCUGCCCUAUAAGUCUGCGUGCUACACUCUGGUGCCAAAUGCUGGGUAUAAAUCUAGACAACAUGGAUUAUUUAUAUUACGAGCAACUGAAAAAUUACGUACUCAAACACGAGCUAUUAACAGACAAACUGUUUCUUAAAGACAUCAAGUUAACUGCCACCAAUGAUGACCAGUAUUUCAUAUUUGAAGACUUCCUGUACCAAAUUCUCUUGCCAUUUUCUCGCGACACAACUUUGUUGCAAUGUCUAAACCAGGCCGGGGGUCGACCCCUCAAAUCAUACAUUCGGGGAAAGCUUGGUAAUGAAGAUUAUGCAGUAGCAUUUCCCCCCAGUGGGGUGAUCCCAUUCCAUGGAUUUUCAAUGUACGUCGUACCCUUAUGCUACCUUUACAGUGAGCCAGUUAAACUCUACUAUGUGUUUCGGAAAAUGUACACGCGUUUCUUUUUUAGACUGCACAUCAUUUCAUCCCAUGAAGAAGGUAUUGUGUCUCUUUGCUUGCUUUUUGAAAAUCUUCUUCAAUCAUUGGAACCCGAGCUUUUCUUUCAUCUGAAGCGCCACGGGAUUCAACCUUUGAGGAUAGCUUUCAAGUGGCUUAUUCGAGCUUUCUCCGGUUUUCUAGCCAGUGACCAGGUUUUGUUAUUGUGGGACCGGAUCCUGGCCUUCAACUCUUUGCAAAUUCUCUCUAUCCUGGCAGCUGCCGUUUUCUCGUUCCGAAAGAGUAACUUAUUCAAGGUGCAAAAUUUUGCGGCAGCUGAAAGUGUUUUUGCUGAUCUCAUGACUUUACAAGUAAUUCCGCUAAUUCAGUUGGUCUUGUUCUCAAAAUAA